AUGACUCGGCCCUCAAUGGACGUAUGGACCUGGACUGAUUGUUGGGUCUUUAUCCUUUUACACCUUCGCAUCUUCGACGAGCAGGCCUCUUUUCCACCUUCCUCCCUUUCACUCCCCAUUCCUCAUCCCCAUCGCGCCCGAAGGCCCGAUCAUUCUUUUGCUCGACAUCUCGUCAAAAGCCUUCCGCGCACACCUUCUCCCCCACGCCCGACCAUGCUGCCCAUCCUUCUCCUCGCGGCACAGGCUGCCGCGAGCCCGUUCGUCAUGUACCCAGACCACGACGCGGCCGACGUCGCAGCGGUGCAGGGCUUCAAGCUUCCGCUCUCGCAUUCUGCUUCGUCGGCCAAGCGCGAGCUCGCGAAGCGCGCCGGCGGGGUGCAGGACGGUGAGUGGUUAAUCCGGGAGGAAGCAUUCGUGGACUCGCGCUAUAACGGAGGCCGGGGCAACUUUGCAUCCCCCCUCCUCAGUCGUAAGCGGCAAUCUGGCAACGUGGGGCUGCAGAACAACGGUAUCGACGCGUCGUACUCUGGCCAAGUAUCGAUCGGGACACCGGCACAGCCAUUCAACAUUAUCCUCGACACGGGAUCGAGCGACCUCUGGGUCGAGGACUCAGAGUGCUCAGCCUGCCAGGGUACCAAGUACGACCCCACCAAGUCGACCAGCUACGCCGCUGCAGACGGUACUAUAAAAAUCUCAUACGGAAGCGGUGAUGCCGCGGGGCGUCUCGCGCGCGACACGGUCACGAUGGGUGGCCAGAGUGUGCCCAACCAGGUCUUUGCGAUUGUCGACAACAUGACGCCCAACCUCAUCUCGUCGUCCGUGUCGGGCAUCAUGGGCCUCGCCUUCACCGUCCUCGCGUACUCCAAGUCAGACCCGUGGUGGCUCAACGCAUCGGCGGGCUGGAAGGACAAGCUCUUCGCCUUCUACAUGAAGCGGUACCGCGGCGUCAACGGUGCGAAGAAGGUCGAGGCCGACGGCGGCGUCGCUACCUUCGGAUACCUCGACUCGGGGCUCUACUCUGGCGACGUGACGUACGUUCCCGUUGGUGCAAACCCGCAGUACUGGCAGAUCCCCAUGUCCGGCGUCAGCGUUCAGGGCACGGCGGUGGACGUCGGGAACGCGAUGGUCGCCAUCGACACCGGUACGACUCUGAUCGGUGGGCCUCCCGACGUCGUGGCGGCGGUGUACGCCGCCAUCCCGGGCUCGCGCGCCAUGACCGGCAACUUUGCCAACUACUACGAGUACCCUUGUGGGACGAGCGUCGACGUCCGCCUCACCUUUGGCGGGUUCACCAUCAACAUCGGCGACGCGGACUUCAACCUCGGCACGUAUGGUUCUGACAUGGCGUACUGCACGGGCGGCAUUUUCGUUCAGGCUCUCAGCUCUCGCUCGCCUGUUCAGUGGAUCGUCGGCGCCACCGCCCUCAAGAACACGUAUACUGUGUUCCGGUUCGAGCCCCCUGCUGUCGGUUUCGCCGUACUCCCCGGCUCCGGCGCCGUUGCUAACCAGAACGCUGCUGCGAACGCCACCGGCGACGCGAACAACACCGUCACCGCCGCGCCGGCCUCUACCAGCGGGCCUACAGCUGCAAAGGGUUCCGCCACCCUCCCUGUUGCGCCCGGCGUGAGCCAGGCUUCUGCUCCGUCGGGCGAGGCCGCCGCCGCCAACCCUAGCUCGAGCGCGGGAGCUGCUGCCCCGGGCGCCAACAGCUCCUCUGCGCGUACCACGCCCUCGCUUGCCGUCGCGUUCGCCAUUGCCCUCGGCGUCACAGCCUGGGCCCUGUAG